AUAGAGCAGAAAUCACGAAAAAUUUUACCUGGCGACUUUCUUCGUCUCGUGGACAAGGAGCAGGAGUCUACUGCUGUGCAAAAUCACUCUGUGAAACAGUUGCCUUACUUUUUGAAGGAUCUUUCUAUCAGCAAUCGCAAUGGUAUUGACGUUCCGUGUGAAUCUACUGAUGAUAACAACGAUUUUAUACGGCGGAUAGGCGAUGUACUGGAUAGCAUUUCAGCUGGAAAUGUUGACGUUUCGACAAUGCAAGAGUUGAGUAAGAUUGUGGUGGACGAGAAAGCUUGCGAUGUUGAUAAAUUUGUCGAGUUAAUCGCUCGAAUAGUGUCAAUUAUGGAUUCUGUUGUUGCCUCUCCUCCGAAUACCGUUGCAGCAUUUUUUGCUAUGUUCGAAAACUUAUUCUGUUCUCUUUCGGAAGAAGUGAAGCGUCCAGUGAUGAAGGAGUUUUAUGAAGCAUGGCAUGUU